AUGGCCGCUAAGAUGCCUCCCAACAUGCAUCGCAAGCCGGGGUCGGGAAACGCCAAGCCCGUCAGACCUGCCAUACCGCUCCCCCACGUGAAGCGCCAGGCUGCUGCCGCCGCCGCGGCGACGACGAGAGCCCCAAAGGCGCUCGAGAACACUGCUACCGAGAAGGCUUCUGCUACCCCCGAGGCUCAGUCUACGGCGCAGACCGUCGCGGAGGGGACUGGCAAGGUCACACAGCACGGUGUCAAACCUACCUCUGCCACCGCCCCGGUUGUCAACGGCAGGAGCCACGCUCGAGGCAAGGCUAAUAGUCAGCAUGACGCCAAGGCGACGACACCGACCGCGUCCUCCGAACCAGACGAGACCAAGCCGGAGGGCCCUGCUCAGCACGAUGGGCUGAACACCCGUGGACGGGGCGGCACGCCACCCGUCUCUCGGCCAUCAUCGAUGACGCUCCGCCAGCAGAUGGCCCCCCCUUUCCAGCCAUCUGGUCUGCUGCCCCACCUCGCGAGUGCCCCGGAGACUAUGAAUGGCUUGCACGCCCAGCAACCGCCGCCGCUUCCACCGCCGCCGCACAUGGUCAACGGACAUUCCCACACGCACAGCUCUCACCCGAGUUUCGGUAGCACCCACUUCAGUGCCUUUCACGGAUCUACCGGCUCCUCCCCAGCCCCGCCGCUCUCCGGGGGUGGCAUAGCUUCGGCUCCCGGGAUGCCCGUGCCCGACGCUCGCCAAUCCUACAUGGCCCACACACCCGCCCCCGUCGGCGGCUUCCCGCCCUCGAUCCCCCCAGGUCUGGAGAAUAUGAUGGGUGUUGACAUGUACGGCCAUCCUGGCAUGGCCUACGCGCACCCGAUGGAUCCGUUCCAGCAGCAGCAGCAGCACCAAUACGGCAACAACUUCCCUCUCUCUACAUCCCACAGCUUUCACGAUUCGCAAUCCUCCGUCCGCCCGGAGGACGGUGGGCCUUAUCGCCAGUACGCUACCCCGCGGAGCGACGUCCCGAGGCUCGGCGAGGAUGCGAGGCACGUGCCCGCCGGCUCCAUGGGGCCUCCUUCCCAGCAGGGACCGCCGUCCAUGGGCCCCCCUCCCAACGGCGGCGGCGGCGACGAUGCCAGCGGCUUGGUGGAGCACAUCCAGCAGCAAUUCGGCACGCCCGAGCUAGCCGACUGCACCUUGGAGCUGCGGCACCCCGACCCCCGCGUGCCGCCCAUCCGCAUUCCCGGCCACCGUAUCGUGCUAUCGCGCAGCCCUGUCCUGGGCGAGCUGAUGCGCAAGCAGGCCCUGUCUCAGCAGCAGCCGCAGCAGCCGACGCUCUCCCUCCAGGCCCAAGACGAUUGGAUCCGCGCCGACACCUUCUACAUGGCCUGCCAGCGGCUGUAUGGGCUGCCGCUCCUGGCCGUACCGCCCCGCAUGGACAUGGACAUGGACAAUAGCACGACAACCGCAGCGGGCAACGCCCUCGACCGGUUCAACUUUGCCCUGUCGUACGCCGGUGCUGGCCACCUCCUUGGAUGGGGUCCUGUGGUUCGCCGCGGCUGCGAGAUUGCCGCCGAGCUCGUGUCUCUCGAGACGGCCGAGACGGCCAUGGCAUUUGCCCUCAGCCGCCACGAGGAUCGCGGCUCGUACGAGAACCUCCGGUAUGGCGACGGAUCACGUGCACUUCUGGGCGCUGUCCUGGGCUUUGUGGCUAGUAAGCUGUCGCCCAGUUUCAAGCUAGACACGUCCGUCUCUACCGCCCAGCAGGGCGGCGUCGCAGGCUACUCGCGCCUCCCCCAGGCUUCCCGGUCACUCAACCAACCGCCGCCGCACAUUCAGUUUGGCGACCUGUCGCUCACAAACGGUCAGCAGCAGCCGCCGUCGGCGGCAGACGCCCCUCAGGCAUCGCAGCAGCACGCCACGACUGCACUGCCCACGAUACUCUCGCGAAUCCUCAUCAACCUCCCCUUCAGCUACCUCAAGAUGCUGCUCGAGUCGAGCAUGCACGGGUGGGCAGGCGCGGAGACGAGGCUCUCUGUGGUACUGGACGUGGUCAGGGAGCGUGAGGCUCGCCGCGAACGUGCCAUCGACGCCGUCAAUGCCGGCAGGAUUCCCGAGUUUCACUCUAUCCAGGCGGCGCUCAGCAACACCGAGCCAGCGGCGGCUCACUCCAGCCCCUGGGCGCUCUUGGCCUGGCAGGAGGAGGUCACACGACCUAGCAGCGCUGACGGCCCCUGCCUCGGACGGCGGUGGGUGCCUCUACGGGGUCAUGAACAGGUCCGCCACCGCAUGAACGGAAACGCAGCAGGAGCAGCAUACCCCUGA